GAAAAGAAACCGCAGAACCGGCUUCACCGGUAUUGACACCUUAACCAAUCAAAUGUAAAUUACGUAAAAUUAAAAAAAAAGAAGAAUCGUCAAAAUUUAUUAUGGGAAGUCCGUCAGAAUAUUUCGGAAUCUAUCGAUUGCCGGUGUAGUAUUGUAGUGUGAACUAGCAAAGAAUAUGCGUCCAAAACCAGCUGAAUCCGUAAGUAACAGUCUGUUCAAGUUGUACAAUGACUGAUUUUUGGUUCUAACUCCCGCUUCUCGAUCGUUUAAAUUCGUUUUGAGUUGGCAUGCUGGUCAGGUCCGAGGCCACUUUGUGACUUAAUGUAUUACAAUCUAUCACCAUGUACGUGAUGGACAAUCAAUUUGGGUAAUCAGUUCUCAACAGUCAGCAGAAAGUAACCUUCAUGUUAACUUAAUAAUAUAUGUUUGCUGUAUCGCAACAAAGUAGACAGUUAAGCCAUCAAACUUGAUUAUCAGACGUGAAAAUGCGAACGAUCUUCGCAGUAAUGAACACUACUAAAUAAGGCCUGAAAGAAAUUCAGGCCUGUACGGGAUUUGAAAUCAUGACCUCUGCAAUACUAUUGCAGCGCUCUACCAACUGUGCUAACAUGCAAGAAUUGAUUGUCAGAGUGUUGAUGACGAGAAUCAUACUAAGCUUUACAACUAACAGGCAAGAUAUAACCGACUUCAAUUCUGGUUUGAAUCGCAAUCAGUCAUCGCCGCUAUUGUUGAAACAUUGACCCCUUCCCGUGUGCCGAUGUUUGUUACAAGAUAUUUCACCAACUAACCAAAAAAAAAAAAGAAACAUCAACAUCGAGAGGAGAGUGGUGGUUAAGGUCAACUUUUAAGGCAUCAUGUGAACUUGAUUGUAUCAGAUUAGAAAUAAAAGUUUGAUAAACUAAAGUUAUGCGAGAAACAUCAGGAGGAUUGAGAGACUCUGAAGAAAAAGUUGAUUGUGUUUUGUAAUCAUCUCUGAAUGAUCUGACAACAGAAUACAUUUGAAAAGAGGGUUCAAACCAUUACUGCCCAAGAAAAAUAUAUUACAUCCCUUCAGACACAAAUUAUUAUUGUAGAUAUAUCAGAAAAUUCUGUGCAUUUAACAAAAUACUUUUAUUAGGUUUGCGUUUUGUGUCCUUUGGAGACCUUAUUUCCAUUUACACAGGUCUAAACUAUCUGAUAGGUAUCCAGCACCCAACAAUUAAAGAUUACGAGAGCUAUAAUUGUGGCAGAGAUGCCAGCCUCUGGAAAUCUGAAAUGUAGAUGCUCUAUUUUGGAUGACACCUUCCCCCUUGUAAAUUAACUUCCUGACUAUGUCCCAUUGGACACAUUUAAUUUCUAAAUUUCCCACUGUAGGUAGUACUGUUGGAUCCUUCACAGAUCUAUAGACCAGAAGAGGAGUACAGUGAAUAUAACGAGUUCAUCAUAUCCAGAAGUGAUAAGACGGUUGAAGAUUUUCGCAAUUACAAUGUCAACCUUCAAACUGACAAAGUUCAUAUGACAUACAGAAUGAUGCAUGAAAAGCAAACCAUGACUUUUGUCAAUGAAAAGGUUAGUUUAAGAACAGGCUGCUUGUAAAAGAAUUAAGUUUAAUUACUUUAACUAUGAACACUCAUUUCUUAGAUUGCCUAUCUUUGAUAGCAUUAUUUAAUUGCCAUUCAAACCUAAUGGAUAACUUUUUUCAUUCUUGAAUUAUAUUUAUUUUAUUUCAAAUAAUUGUUAUGUUCUUUGAAAAAAAAAUGUCAUACGGUUUGUUGGUAACACCAAUCAGGUUUUGCUUUUAGGUGAUUCCUCAGAAAAAAAGGUAUAGAUCAAUUUUAAAAGCUUUCCUUAAAUGUUCCUUACCAAUAUCUGUUUCAAAAAUUACAAUAAAAAGAUAGGUCACCAUGCUUGUUUAAGAGAUAUGAUGGGCCAAACUUACCCAUUUAUGCCUGUACAGGUGCCAAUCAUGCGUGUCAUACAUCAGUUCAGGGUACAUUUUGCUGCAGCUAGAAGCAAGAUUUUUUAAUGUAACACAAAAACUUGAUAAUUAGGUAAAAAGUCUCCAGCAAAUGGAACAAUUUGAUAUAUAAUUAGUGGGAAAAUCACACAAAUUUAAACUACAUUGACUCAAAAUGUUCUUUGAUUUGUUCCUUUCAAGGUUGUAAUUAGCAUCCUUAAGUAACAGACUUCCUGCAUGCUUUUAGCUUUAUCUUUUUUUCCCUUUGAAGAAUUUUUUUUAAAAUUUCCCCCAUUUAAAUGGUAUAAUUUGUUAUCCAAAAUUAUGCAAUAAAAAAUGUAGGUCACCUCAAGAGCUAAAGACCAUUGUACCUCUUAACAUGGUCCAUGGAUUGAAAAACAGUACCAUGUUCUUGGAAAUGUGAUUUUUAUGCACAGUACAGGAUGUGGGGUGCAAACUGAGGAAUUACUUUAACAUUAUUUUGCUAGCACCAAUCAGAUUGCAAUAUAGGGGCUCUCAGUAUUUUGAAAAAGUUUGAAACAAUUGUUGCUGGCAUUCAAAGGUACUCCUUCCUGUCUUAUAAUUAAGAUGUUAUUUUGUCUGUUGCUUUUCUGGAUAUCAAAUAUGCCCACAGAGGCAUGAGAAGAGUUCUAAUGAGAGAGUGAUAGAUGAAUAUUUGUUCUAUUUAGAAAGAGCAUUGGUGCUGUCUGAACAAGUUUAAAAUGACCAUCAUGGACGCUGUGCACAUGUUAGAUGCUUUGGUGGAUGAAAGUGACCCAGACACAGACUUACCCAAUUCAGUACAUGCCUUUCAAACUGCAGAGCGUAUUCGUGUUGCCCAUCCAGACAAAGACUGGUUUCACUUGAUUGGUCUUCUUCAUGACCUGGGAAAAGUUAUGGCAUUGUGGGGAGAACCUCAGUACUGUGUUGUUGGAGAUACUUUCCCUCUUGGCUGCAAAUUUUCAGAAAACAUAGUCUUCCCUGAGACAUUCGCAAACAAUCCAGACACAAAAGUUCCAGAGUAUAGGUAUGCAAGAUAACUAUGAUAUGAUGCACAUUUUGCAUUGUAGUGACAAUUAUCUCCCAUUUAUGAGACAAUACACAACUUGCCCAGUAAUAUUUUCUUUAACUUGUACAUGUGUAAAAGUUGUCUCUUUUCUCACUUAUCCAGUCUUCAUUUAACUGCAGGUAUGUUUUUGUUGAAUAUUUUUCAGCUCAAAAUAUGGUAUUUAUCAACCAAACUGUGGUCUGGACAACAUCACAAUGUCUUGGGGACAUGAUGGUAUGGAUUUAUUUUUUUUAGCUCGGAGAUUUGUUGGUAAUGAUUUUAGGUUGGUCAAGGGAGACAUUAAUGACCAGGUUUUCUACCUCUUCUUGAUAUAAAUGACAAAAACCUGUAUAAGAUAACUUAAUACAACAAUUAACAUGACCUAAAGUGAUCUUUAUUCAAGAUGAAGUAAGUCAAAUGAUUAAAACGCAUAUUUGAAAGGAAAACUGAAGGCAAGAUGUGUGAUAUCUACAAAUAAAUCAAUGAAAUGGGACAUUUAACACUGUUGUGUUUGUAUAGGUUAUAUCAAAAUCCAAACUUUUCAGGUAUACUGAUGAUAUAUUUUAAAACUUAAGAGGAGUUGAAGUUAAAAACUAACAUCAUUUACAAUGAUGCUGUUUCUAGAAUAUGGACUAUUCAAGUGUUGAUUACCUAUUAGUAGAAGUUAAAUAUUAGAAUGAUAAAGCUACUAACCUUGUUUUUUUCCUUUGUAGAGUACAUGUAUCAGGUGUUGACUGGAAACAAUUGCAAGCUUCCCAAAGAGGUUAGAGGGAAAAAAUGGGGCAGCACACUUUAAGACUACUUCCUUGUGAAACUCAAAGAUCAAUAUAAUGAUUUUUUAAUGAUUUCCACAUGUCAAACUUAAUCCUCUCACUCACAGGGGUGAAAUGUUUUCACCCUACAAGUUCUCAGGCUAAAAUUAUAAGAAACGAAUAACAGACAGAAAAGAGAAUUUUAAAUCUAGAUCUUGAAGGUAAAAGGAUUGGGGCAAGUUUAUGACAAUCUUGUGACAAAGAUGAUGGACCAAUUCAUGUGACUCCAACAUGUGGCACAUAAAUCAGAUAACAUAACAGCCUGCUACCAUUGUUAGUAUAGUUUAUGUUAUGAACAUGUAAAUGAAGGUUACAUAAUAAGUGGUUACUGGCAACAUUUAGGAAAUUACUUUUUAUUCUUAAAAUUAUAUUUUCAGGUACUUAUACUUAGAUAUUACUAGAGUUCUUAUUAUAAGAUAUUAAUAUGGAUGGUUUGUGAAAUGUUUCCAGGGGAAGAUCCAUUUUCAUUUUAAGGUUUUUUUCUUUUUAAAGGUAGCAUGGCAAUGAAAAUUAUGUCAGUUAGUGAUUCAGAGAGAAAUCAUUUACAACUGUAACAUUAACUGACCGGCCUGUACAAGGCUCUCAUUAAUUCACAGUGACUUAUCAUAAGUUAACUUACCAGUGCUCUAAUUAAGUUAAAGAUUUGAUAAUUUUUGACAAAUACAAUAUGUGCUCCAGCUUGAUACUAUGCACAUGUUCUUUGCAGGGACUGUAUAUGAUAAGGUAUCAUUCAUUCUAUCCUUGGCAUUGCAAUGGAGAUUAUAAUUACCUUUGUAACAAGGAAGAUAUGGGAAUGUUGAAAUGGGUGAAAGAGUUCAAGUGAGUAUUAAUCAGUUUGAUGGUGAUUGGUAGCAUUUGUAAACCAUUUACAUUGUUUUUUCCUGAUACUUAUUAUUUAGCUCAACAUAAUCACAACAUUCAUAUGACAACUAAGGACAUUAGAAGAGCUGUCUCCCUAUUCAGCAUACUGAUAAAUAGAGUGCACUUUACAGGAUAGCAUUUUUUACAUUAUGCCACCUUGAAAAAGCUGUCCAUUAGGAAUCAAUCAACAAGCACAUGUUCUAUGAAGGGUGAAAAUACAACAACCACCCACGAGAUAAUAAUAUUGCUAUUCAGUCAAAAACCAAGCUCAAAAUUUACUCUCUCUUUCUCUGUAUAUAUUAACCCAAAAAGUAUGUCUCACUUGCAGUAGAUUCUUCAUGGCAUAAGGGUUCAUUAUGCUUGGAUUCAGUAGAAUACACAUUUCCAACUUGCAAGAUUAAUUUCUUUAUGAUAUAGGGGUUCUUUAUGUUUGUUUUCAAUCAAAAACAUAUUUCCACCUUAAUUUGUGGUGUCAAAUUAUUUUGUAGUAAAUUUGACCUGUACUCAAAGUCUGAUGCUAUACCAGAUGUGGAGGCUGUAACACCAUACUAUGAGGAAUUGAUAGCCAAGUACUGCCCAGGAGAGCUAUCCUGGUGAAUGAAACAUGCCUAAUACACAAUAAUCAACUAAAAGUUUUAAUUUGAAAAGCAAUGCUUUAUCUAAAUAAUGAACAAUUUUUCUGAAACCCCAAAGCAUGUAUGUUUGUCAAGUGUGGACCAGAAAUAUCAAUUGAAUUGGUACGGGCAAUCAUAUAAUAAUAAGGCUUCGAGAAGGAGACAUUUCAAUCACCGGAAAGCUGUGGAAAGACUUACACUAUAAUCUGGAAAGUCAUUAAAAAUCAGAAUGUAAUUAUUAAAUCAAUGAGUGAUGCCUUGUGGACAGAGCCAAGUAUUGUGUAUGUUUAACAUAUUGUUAUACUUUGUUGCUUUAUGCUUUUGUCAAGUUUUGACCAUAUUAAUGCGUGCGAGUGAAUGAAUGAAUGAAUGAAUGAGGCAGUGUGUGUAACUUUAAGUGUAGAUAAUCUCAUAUUUCAGAAGUAGAAGUACAGUUGAGAGGCUUUUGAAGUUAGGUAUAUUUACAGUUCUGUGGUCUUUUUUUUUGUAGUAUCUUUUGUACCAUUGUCACUGAAGUAAACUAUCCAAGGGUGUAGGGCUUUCUUUUAAUAAAGAAUUACUGUUAAAGAAAUUACCAGAGGAAUGUGUCUUGCAUUGUUGAAAUAAUGACAGUUACCAUGUUUUGCGUUGCCAACCUAAAUGACUUCCUUUAGCUUUAACUUUUUCAAGAGAAUCAAGCAGUUUUACAUUUCUUAAGGAAUGUUUUAAGUGUUGGACAAAAACUCACAAGUAUAAAUGGUAAAUUUUUCGGUAAAUUCAAGGAUCUGGCGAUAUAAGCUGCACCUUUUCUCUCUCCUCUUUCAGGGGGCCAUAUGUUAACGUUUGACACCACUCCUUAUAGGAAUGUAAAUUCUCAAAUUUGCAAUGAUAUCGUGGCAAUUAGUCCUUGAAAAAACUUUCGUUUCCUUUUGAAAACUUCAAUGAAUCACAUGCAAUACAAGAUAAUUUGGUUUUAUCAACUGAGUUGAUAGUUGAAAUAGGCCACCAUAAAGAGGAAGCUUACUCUUUACGGUGGCCUAUUUACAUCAUCAACUCAGUUGUUAAAAUCAAAUUAUCUUGUUGUGCUCCCCUAUCGACGCAGCACCACAGUCUCUUGGUAACGUAAUCCCUAUAAUUCACCGAUAUGUCUUCAUUUUUCGUUUACUUACCAGCCUUGCAAUCCCAGUAUUGCCACUGUGUUGAGAGCGUUUUCUCUGAGUCAAGUCGAAUUAUAAUAGGCGUUAAGCAGGCAGGACGAAAACGCCAAGGAAAAUAGCGAUUGACAAAAUUAAUUUUUUUUUAGUUAGAAUAGUUUGCCGUCGAGUUAUCCACUUUCAGACUAAACAAAUUUUGGUGAUUUCACAUUGUUGAUUUUCAAAGGACGACUAAGAAAACUAAUAGUUUCAAAACACACUUGCUGAGCUAUUGUUUUACCCAGAAGAUCUUUUUUUUUUUGUUUUUUUGGCCACCUCUUCGUUGCUAUCACCGUGUGGGUACCUUAUGAUUUACCACUCGGUCGUAUCAUCAGCCUUAGAUCCACUUAACAUGUGAUAUAUGCAUGACCAUAAUAAAGAGAUUACUUGUUUUUGGUUCUGCAAAGAAAUAACAAGCAAUGAUUUUAAUGAUGGACCAACUUACUUUCCACUCAACAAGCUAAGAGGGAAAGAACAGAGAUAUGUGAUUCUCCCCAUUCCCCACUCAUCAGGCCGAGAAAGACUUGAGCCACAUUGUUGCAUUUAUUUGGUGCACGGUUAGGGUCUAUAUUGUUUAUUCAGCAGAUUUUCAAGUUUAGUCGACAUCACUCAUAACACAAUACUUAAAUUUAAGCUACAAUUCCAAAAUUUGCUGACAUCGCGAAAACUUUACGCAGUUUUUGACAAGACUGCUGAAAAAGGGGAAAGUUUCUUUCGUGUUCGCUUUACAAGUGAGUUUGUUUUACUGAGCGUGAACUAUGUUUGUAGUAUUAUAAUUUUCCUCCCGGCUUUGUUGGACCUUGCACUGUCACUGCUAUACAUGCACGAUGGAGAUAUUUGGUUUCCAAUUUACUGAUGAUUCAGUUUUUAUCCGAAUGAUAGGUCUGUGGGAUUUGCUUAGAGCGAGUAGAUAGAUGCAUAUUAUUAUAUAUUUGAUUAUGCUACAAUAUUUGUGGAGUGUGAGCUGGUAACUUACCUUGCAUAAUUAAAUUGUUAUUGAGUUUAUCAGAUGUAGAGCAAAACGCACUCUUUAGCACAUAUUGUACUGUGUGCACAUAUGCAUUAUGACUUGAUUGGUGGUUCGUUAUGUACAGAUCUAGCUAUUUCUUACGUAAUAUAAUUAUCUGGCACCCCAGGUGUAAGUCCAACUUACACAAAACUCACUAGUAGCGACUCAGCAACUGAUAAAUUGAUCAACUAUCAGGUGAAAAAUUUACUGCUAGGUUAGUGAGAUUACUAGUUGAACACAUUAUCCAGAGAAGGCUUUGGGCCAUUCAUUUAAAAAUUGUAACAAAUGCGGGAACAAUUGGUGCCUUUUGCUGUGGAUUCAUGCAUAAUAAACAGACAUGUUGAUCGCCAUCCAUUGUUAACCCUGUAACUCCCAUUAGUGACCAAGACAGAAUUUCUUCUAACAAUAUCAACACAGUAUCAACCAAACAAGUGAUGAGAAAAAAGGAAAAUAUCAAUUUGGAGAUACUUAGUUGAUCCCAUACUAAAUUCUCUAAACUAACAUUAUAAGAUUUGUAUGUCAGACAGUUAGGAGAAUUACUAAUGUGAUCUGGGAGUGAAAGGGUUAAGAGAUACUUAUGCAGAAAGUACAUUUGGAUUCACUCAGCUAUCACGCUCUUUAUUACUUUUGAUAAAUAAAUUGUAUUCAAUAUAUCAGGGUCUUUUCUAUUUUGUUUCUGUCAAGGUCAAGUUUUAUUUCAAGAUGGAUCAUAGACAUUCUGAAAGUAAACGUCAUGCACACAUACAGAAUUCUGUUGGUGUGUCUGUGGCCCAAUCCGAUGGAGAAGAAGGUGUCAUGAACACUGGAUAUUACACAUUACCAGCAUGUCGUUUUACAAUCCUGGUUCAGGUGUUGUUAUUUACUGACUUAGUGUCCUCUGUUGCACUCUGGCUUUGUGGUGGAGACAAUGAGUACUUGGAGGACAAUGUGAUGCAAUUCAAGAUAAAAGACUCGGUGUUUGACUUGGCGGCAAUAGCAUUUGUGAAGUGCAGCAUUCUCUUCUUUUCUUAUCACUGGUUAGAAAAAUUGUCCAUGAAGCAGAUUGAUUACCCUUAUGACAGAAAACUUGCAUCAAGGAAAUGCUGGUGCCAUUUUCUUGCAAUUUUUUUGAGUCUCGGGUCUCUUGCUUACAGUAUAACAAAAGGUGUUCUUAUUUAUAAAGUAAGAUCACAGAAAGAGCAUAAACUCCAUCCAACUUACUUUGCCCUGGUCAUAAGUGCUGUCACAUUUUCCUUCUUGGAAACUGUGUUUGCACUCAGUAGUUUUGUUGCUAUGAGACGACUGAAAUUGCUGCGAAUUCUUCAUACUCCUAAUGAUACUGAAGCCAAAAGGAAGCCACAGGUCAAUUUAGGAAGAUUGAUGACUCUGGCCAAACCAGUAAGUGUUUUAGUUGAUUUUGUAAACAUUUUGCUGGCUGGUCCUUUAAGGACAUUUAGACUUUGCGUAACAUGUUCAUGUUAAUUUCUUUGGCAUGAAUGAGUUAACAACUCAAUGAAGUUGGUUUUGUCGUGUAAAAUUAUUCAUAAUUCUAACCAAAUUUAAAUAUAUUGAAAAGGAUAUUAAAACACAUGUCAGGGUGAUGUGUGCAUGGUGUUCAUCAGAGUUUUAUUCUGAAAAAAAAAUAAGGGAAUAAAAUAUGAUGUCAGUAAUUUUCAUAUUUACAAGCUCCCGUUUUGUUUUCCAAACUUACAUGCAUUUGUUAAUUUACAGGAACUUCUGUUACUGUUGAUAGCAUCUUUGGGGCGCAAAUUGCAGCUCCUUUCUUUUUUGGUAAAGUAAUUCAAGCAGCAACAGAGAAAGGCAUGAGUAAGUGAAUGGUGAUGUAUAUAGUUAACAUUUGAGGAACACUUUUAUGAAAAUGGUUCACAAUAGCAGAUUAUUGGAGAUUUGUCUAUGUUCAGCAUUAAUUUAUCCAGAGGGAGAGGGAAUAAGGAGGGUCGGGUGAGGAUCAGGGUUAGGGUUUAGGGUCAGUUUGCCAUUAGCAGGCAGAACAGUCAGAUGGGAAACAAAAUAAGCUGACAAACAAACAGUAGCCAUUCUAAAGUUUAAAUAGCUGCACCUGUUACCCUGAGGUUACCCAGUGGAGGAGCCUUGAUCUACUUGACCCGUAGCUGGGAGCUGCUGGCUGCAAAGUAAACCAUAGUAGUUAUAUGGUAAGAAUAUAACAAUGUCAUAACCAGUAUGCCAAUGUUAUGAAUUUCUUUUUCAUCACAGAGCAUUUAAAUGAGACCAUCGUGAUCCUUGCCCUUGUCUACCUUGGUGGUGCAUUUGCUGCUUUGGUAAGAGCUUGGCUCUUUACCUUAGCUGGUCAGCGGCUUGUGGCUAGGAUAAGAAAGAAGGCAAGAAUCUUUCUUUACAUAAUUUAGAACAUUACUUGUAAUAACUACAAUCAAUCAAUCUAAAGUUGGUUGGAUUUUCAGUUUUCUUUACAUGUCAAGUACUUUGCACAUACUAAGGAAAGUAUCAAUGCCUGUGUUUUAAUUUCAUAUUUAACCUGAAAUUCUCAUCUAAUUUCUUUACUCAGCUGUUUAAUGCUAUUAUGUGUCAAGAAGUGGCAUUUUUUGACAAUAACCGGUAAGAAAAACAUUUAGUUUCUUAUAAAUAAUGAAAUGAUGUGUGGAACAAGAUAAAAAAUAACUCGAGUUAUUAACUCAGUUGAUAUUUUAAUUUGCCCAGUGUAAAUAAUAAAUUCAUUGAUAAGAUUAUUUGAUUUACUCCUCACCUCCUUCAUAAACAGACUGAUUGAGGGACCAUCUUUCUUUUAAUUGUAACAAUAAAUAAAUUAGAGUAACAUUAAUUUAGUAUAAGGACCAAUUUCAUUGGUGAAUUAGGUAAAACACUCAUUGAAUUAAGAUAAUACACUGAUUGAUUGAGAGUCAUUUUCCUCACUGUGUGCUCAUAGGACUGGUGAACUUAUCAACCGACUGUCAUCAGAUACUCAAGUCAUUCAAAAUGCCCUAACAGUGAGUGGUGUAACUGGUUUAUUUGGAAUUUUUUGUUGCUUAAUGUUAUGAAAUAUAUAUUCACACAAACCCUAUAAAGCUCUGACCUGCUUUUGUUCCAUUGAUUAUGAUUCAUUCAUUAAUAAACUCAAUUUCUCCAAAUCAAUUUCAAGAUUAAAAUGAAGUUAUCUACUAGGGACAUCUUUGUCAGGAAUUUCUCAGUCAGAAUGUUAGCAAUCAAUAGUACACGGUUUCUAAGGUCACAUUUCUACCAUAGGACCUUUCCUCUUAUUUUCAGUUACUAACUGAAGGUAGUAAUAUGUGAACUGAUAAAUUUUUGCAAGGAAAUAUAAUGCAGAUGAAGAAAAUAGAGUUAUUGAAUGAUUGUGUUCAUUUUUUGUGAAGGUGAAUGUCUCCAUGUUACUGCGGUACAUAUUCCAGAUCAUUGGCUCCUUGGUUUUUAUGUUUACUCUGAGUGCCAAGUUGACUGCAGUUCUUAUAUCUGUUGUUCCCAUUGUGGGAAUUGGUGCUCAGCAAUAUGGUGGGUUAGCUGAGUUAUGAAACUUUUAAUUGUUAUUGCCUAAGGAAUACUGAGUACCUUCUGAAAAGGAAACUGAUGAUUGAUUUGAAAAGCUUGCUGGUCAAAAAAAGUUCAUUUUUAACGUAACAUGUCUAUAAUGGUGUCACUUUGUGCUAGUUUGUGAGACAGAAAACUACCCUUCUGGUUGGAAAAUGAGGUUUAGCUAUGGAGAAAACCCUACCCUGUUUCGCUCCAUUCCAGUUCAGUUCUAAAAAUGGUUACUUUUCUCUUUCAACUGUGAAGUAAGUAAAAUUCUAGAUCCCUAGUAAAACUGGGAAGCUUUAAACAAUUUGUUUCCUCAUCAUUGGAAAUUGUUGAAAGUGGCACUAUAAUUGUUUCCUGGUGAUUUAGGAAGUUAUGUACAAAGAUUAAGGAAGAAAUUUCAAGAUGAGUUAGCUGCAGCUUCUGCUACUGCAGAAGAAUCAAUUGGGAACAUACGUACAGUGCGAUCAUUCUCUCAAGAGCGUAAAGCCAUGGGAAACUAUGGGACCGAUAUUGAUAAGAGUUACAAAGUUGGAGCUAAACUUGCCCUUUUUUCAGGUACAGGAUGGUUUUUCUUUUUUGCAUGAUAAGACGGUUUUAGUUUUUUUUAUUAUUUAUUUACUUAUUUUUACAAAAUUUGCUUUUAAGUUGCUUCAGUCUAUAAGCCCCUUGUUGUAAGGGUAAUAGUCAAGAAUGGAUUUUCUUUUGAGAAGAAGACUAGAAAGUUUUGUUUAUUUUGUGAUGGAGAAAUGAGCAGCAAUGAAACAUCAUAGAGGUAUACCUUUUUGGUCAGUACAACAACUACGAGGAUAGAAAUUAUUAUUUAUAAUUAGUAGUUUGGGUAAAUAGUUGAUUUUUGUAUCCAUUCUGGGUAAAAAUUGGGAAUCAAAUAAAUCCAGACCAUUUUUUGAUCUUACCUACUUCUGUAUAACAAGAAUUUUCUUUGUAAGUCAAGGAGAGUCACUGUAAGUGAUGCUUUUUUUAACAUUCAAUAUUCUAUUUUACCUGCAGGUUUAUUUCAAGGUGUCAUUGGUAUUAUUGGUCAGGUUUGUUACUUGAAGUAGAACUGUGCUUGUGUAAGCUUCUUUUAUGUCUUUCAUAUCUUAAGAAUCAUUCUGUUUUUCAAGUUUUCUUCCACAUUCCCUAAGGAGGAAAAACAUUUUUCAGUUGUAAUUAUUGUUUAUAUCGACUGCUGAUUGUUUGUAUUUUACAUGUUAGGGUGCUGUUGUGUUGGUCUUGUGGUAUGGUGGUAAUCUAGUCAAUCAUGGUGAACUUAAUGUUGGAAUUUUAACAGGUAAAUUAUUUGAAAAUUAAUUUUAAGGACAUGAUUGGGUUAUUUACUCCUCACUAUGAAUACCAAACUAAUUAAUUAAUUUGGCAAUUAUAAUUGGUCAUCAUUAAUAACAAUAUGAAUAUUCAUCUUAUUGUUUCCAAGCAUUUAUGCUGUACACUUUAAAUGUGGCCAUGGCAUUUGCCUUCCUCUCAUCUCUGUAUGGAGACUUUAUGCAGGUUGGUCUAGACUAGUUCAAAUUUAAACCAUUUCCCCUUCCCCCUCCAGUCUAUUGUUGUGUUGCCCUUUGCAUUAACCCUGAUUGCAUUUCAUAGAGACAAUGCACACAUGCAGCAUUUCCAUUCUACCAUUGCUGGUAGCAUUAGAUGCUCAAGGGGCCACUGCAAUAAAAGAAAAAUUGUUUAAAGUGGAAAAAGUGUAGCUCAAUUCUAUUUAAAUUUUCAGUUUCUAUUUCACUUCUUAUUCAAUUUUUUUUCAUUAUUGUGAUGAUCUGAAAAAUAAGGGCAACUUCAGUUGAAUUAACAAUGGCACAACUCAUUAAUGGAAUUUCUUAACCUUCAUAGAAUUUGUUUUUUCAGGCUGUUGGUGCAUCAGUGCGCAUGUUUCAGCUGAUGGAUCGCUUACCUGCUAUAAAUGUGGAAGGAGGACAAAAACUUCACUCUGUUAAUCAAAGUAAGUGUCAAGUGUGAGGCAUGUAUAUUUUACUAAUAUUUUCAACUAAAAGUGAUUGUCCUGCUGGAAAAUAAUGCUAAUUCACUGAUGAAAAUUAAUUGAAUGUCAUUAAUAGUCCAAAAGAAAAAUUAGAAAUAAACACACACGAAAAAAAGAGCACAAACCUUGAAAGAAAAUGCAAGCCAUAAUGAUCUUCAAAUUCCCACCAGGUGCCAUAUUGAGUCUAGAUUUUUGCACUUGUUUCAUUCAACUGGUUCUCAGAGGGGUAGGAGAAAUGAAUUUGGUAACAACAGAAUGUUAAUCACAGAAGAGGAUUUUUAUUUUGAUGACAUUUCCAUCUAUACUUUUUUGCUUGUUCAUGGUAUGGUUUAUUCCUAUUUGUCAGUUGAUACAUUUUAAGUUGAAGUGUCUAUUGAGGGUUAGUUAAAGCUUUGUUUUGAAGCAAAUUUCCUAAAAAUCCUCUCAUAAACUAAGUUCUAUUUGUAAUGAUAGUCACUGUCCAGAAUUUUUUUAAAACUUUUUUUCCUUGAAGCAAUCCAGUUUCAAGAAGUCUGCUUUGCUUACCCAUCAAGACCAGAUACUGAUGUUCUCAAGGUAAAGUCAUCACUAUUUUGAGAAAAAUACCAAGAUUUCCUUAGAAGUGAACCUGUGUGUUAUUAAGCAUCUGAAAACCUUUUGAAAACUAAUUAUAAAUACAUUUUGUGAUUUCACAUUUGUCAGGCGAUGUCAUUUGAACUAAGACCUGGUCAGACUGUGGCACUUGUUGGGCCUUCUGGUGGUGGAAAGUCAACAGUGAUAAGCCUAAUUGAGAGGUUCUAUGAUCCAAAGUCAGGCAUCAUCACCAUUGGUUGGUGUUAAAUAUUGUCCUUAGAUGGACUUUCUGCCUCUCACUAGUGAUGAGGAAGUUGGUUUUACUGAUUAAAGAUCUUGUAGUUUGCAACACUGAACUGUACACCAUCAGAUAACAGCUAUGUCUGCACAUUGUUCUGGUCAGCUCUCAAAAAUUUUGGAGGGCUUGUAUAAUUCAAGGGCUUGUUUUUUUUAUUGUUAAAAAAAAAAAACAUUUGGAGUCAAACUUGUUCUUGAUCAUGUCAUAGGAGGAACAAACUUGGGUGAACUGGACCUGUUUUGGAUGAGACGCAAGAUUGCCCUUGUAAGCCAGGAACCAGUUUUGUUUGCCACAACUAUAGCUGGUAAUAUUGCUUAUGGACGUGAUGCCACUUUAGAAGAGGUUGGUACACUAUUAUAUCAAGGUGUCUUUCAUAUCAAGUAUCUUUAUAUUGGCUGCCUCAACUAUACUCUACAGAUCUCUAACAGAAACUUGUGGCAUAAUGCUCACCUGAAGGCAUAGGGUGGCUGCUGAAGUUAAACCAUCAAAUGUGAGCAGUGAAAUAGAAUUGCUUGCUUGUGAAUUACUACUAUGUUUUAUUAUCUUUCCUCUCUCUGUCCAUAGAUAGAGGAAGUUGCAAGGCAAGCUAAUGCUCAUGCCUUUAUCACAGCAUUUGAGGUAAUAUACCACUCACUCACUCAGUUGAUCAGAAUAUUUAUAAAUGUAAAACAAACAUCAUAGUAAUGGAUUGUUCAAUUAAACCAUAGGAAGGAUAUCAGACUCAGGUUGGUGAGCGUGGUGUGAAGUUGUCCGGAGGUCAAAAGCAGCGGGUAGCUAUUGCAAGAGCUCUUCUGAUGAACCCUGAUAUUCUCCUACUGGAUGAGGUAUGUCUUGCUUUGAGGAUUAUUGUUCAAUUUUUUCCCUAUUAAGAGUAGAAAGGAGGAAAGGACAUUGCCAUGCUAUGUUCCUGAAAUGUUUUGCUUGUUAUUUGCAAAAGUUAUGCAAGCAUAUACUUUGUGUAAUCCCAGGAAAAUAACUGCUGUGGAUUUCCAUUUUGAAUCAUCUUUUUAGGCAACAAGUGCUUUGGAUGCUGAAAGUGAACAUUUUGUGAAGGAAGCAAUUGAUCGAGCCAUGAAAAACAGAACAGUUCUAGUAAUAGCACAUAGGCUGUCUACUGUGCGCAAUGCUGACCAGGUUUGUUUUAAAAGAAUGUUUUAAAAACCUUGGUUUGAACUCUACUUGAAGAUAUUUCUUUCUUUUAAUGAUUUUACUUUAUGCAGUACAAAUUAUGUACAAUUUUUAGUGUCUUCAUCAGAUUGAGAUACCCACUUGAUGAAAAAAAAUUUUCAUUUUAGCUUAUUCCUUCAAAUCCUUUAGGAACAAGGAAAUAUGCCCUUUUGUAUUGAGAAUCCACAUGCAAACAUCUGUUUUGGAACACAAUUUGUUAAUGUGUUAGGCAAUUUCCAUUCCUUAUAAAGAUAAACUAUUAACCUUUUCUACAGGUAUUGGUCAUUGAUAAAGGCCAGAUUGUUGAGCGAGGUACCCACAAGGACUUGCUGGCUAGUGAAGGUGUUUACAAGAAACUUGUGUUGCGACAGCUGAGUACAUCCCAAGGUGCCUCUGUUGUAGAUGUUGAGGGUUUUGACCCAGAUCAUUUGGAGACAGGCGAACCUCCCAUUGAUGAAGAGGAAGAAUCCUAGUUAAACUUUUACAGUUCAACUAGAAUCUUGUUGUUUCUUCUGUGAUCUUUUUUAACAGCAAACAUUUUAGACAUACAACAAUAAAAAAGUAGUGAAAAGUAGUUGUCCUAAGUGUAGGACAAACAGCUCCAAACACCCAACUGACCAAGAGUAUUGCUGGGAAGGAUCUCUGUGCUAUUGUGUAACCCAAUUUUGUACAAAACUUAAUUAAUGCUUCUGUUAGACAACCAUUGACCAUAUUUCUACACUGCAACUAUUAUUGCUACGAAAAUAUGAAGGUAAAUAUUUAGAGGGAGCAUAACCGAUCACUGAUUCAGAGUCAUUAAUUAGUAGUUGUGCUGUGAUCUGUGUUUUGCCUCUGAUACCUGUAAGACAUAUUAAUUUUUGAAGUUUUUUUUUAAUUCAAAAACUUAUUGGUUGUUUAAUACUUAAACUUAGAAGAAUAAUGUAACUCAGGACUAAGUGUGCAGGUUCACUGUAGGAUAGUGCUGGUGUCAUUCCUUUAGGUCAUUCCAUAAGGUCACAUUAAUUGAAAUGUUACACUGUUAGUACAUAAAUGCAGAAUAUUGUUUUUUAUUAGGAAAUAACGUUAAAUAAUUGGCUCUGUGGAAAAUUUAUUGUCAUAAGUCAUCAGUGGGGAACAAGGCAGCAUAAUCCAGACUUUUCCUUGCUACAUCUGGAAGGGUUCAGUUGUUGCCUGUGCCAUCUUGUUUACUUCACUAAUUUUGUUUCAAAUCCACCUAAUAGAAUGCAUUUGUAUGAGCACAAAUGUUUGAUAGCUUAUGCCUCAUCAAUUGGCCAUGAUAUAAAUUACUCUGAUAAGUGUUUUCCCUGAUGUUGCCAGCAUCUCAAGGGAGCAUACCACAAUCUGCA